CUUAAAUGUCACUCGGAAGCUCCUGUGCCGUGGACAAUCUUAUCACAGAACCGCCGCCUGAUAGUCAUGUUGGCCGAGUCCGGCGAUACAAGGUGGCUUGUCUUCGUCAAUAUGACCACCAAGAGCAUUUUGAGGAAGAGCACCAGAUAUGACUUCCGGAAGAGGGGAUGGCAUUGGCCACGGAGUCUUUCUGUGGCAUGUGGUGCCCGGGAAAUUCCUUCAUGGGCUCCGGCGCCACACACCCCGCAUAAAGGCCCUGGUUUUCCCUCCAAACAGCGACAUCCUGGUGGCUCUGGCAACUGACGAGACAAUCCGAGUGUGGGAUACAUCAUCGGGCAAGCUGCGAAAGACCAUCAAAUGCCACAAUGUGGGAAUCACCGCUGUAGCCUUCUCUGCAGAUGGGCUGAUGCUUGCCACGGCUGGUAGCGACCGGGUAGUGGGCGUUUGGAGGACCACCAAGGGAAAGAUUAUUAGGGAAAUUGAUCCACCUGAUGGUAUGCUCUGGCGGUAGAAACACCUCGCAUUCUCUCCAAGCGGCAGGCCAGCUUCUCGCCCCAGCAAACAAAAUCAUCAGGGACACCAGAUAUAACGUAAUUCCCGGUCGAUCCGAUCGAUCCGAUCACCCAAUGCACUAUACAAAAU